GUAUGUGUGUGAGCAUGUGUGUGUGUGUGUUUGAGUGGGGGGGCUAGUUUUUUUCCCUCUCCAUCCUUCCUGGCUGCGCUCCCCCAUUCAAGCCACUGUAGUCAGCAGAAGCAGUAGCUUAGCAGAGCUCUGUGCUGUUCCGAGGCAGCUCCCAGGAUCCCGUGAAUGACUGCUCUCCUCGGAGUGGAGGAGAGGAGAGGAACGGCGCCGGGGAGACAGAGGCACAGCUGAGGAGCCGGGAACAAGAGCGAGAGCAAGAGCGCAAAAGAGAGAGCGACAGAGGGAGAGAGAGAGACAUCAGGAGACAGACAGCGGAGCAGAGAGAGGUAGGGGGAGUAGCGAAAAGAAGAAAUGAAGGAAGGAAGGGAGAGAGCCACUGCCAAGUGCCUGGUCCGCGGAGCACUGCAGCUGCACUAAAUCUGGGUGCUGUCACGCCGACGCACAACGAAAGCCCCCCCGCCAGACAGCUCGCGGGGAGAGGGAGAGGACAGGGAGGAGAGAGACGCAAAGACACAAAGACGGAAAGAAAGAGAGGAUUGAUUUAAAGAAGGUGCUUUUCUUUCUUCCCUGCUGCUCUUUUGGCAAGGCAGGGAUGGGAACCCCCGGUGUCUGUUCUUCAGCAGCUCUCCAAACUUCCCCCCCAGGGAAGGUGCCUUUGGACCGUCCGGCGGGGAGCAGCGCUUCACACGAGUGACAGGAAGAGAGGAGACUCAGAGAGAGGGGACCGCCGCGAGGAGAAGAGAGGAGAGGAGAGGAGAGCGCUCCACACAGACCGCAAACAGACAGCCCAGCGCUCGUCCCCUGGACGGGAUACCGUGCUCACAGAGGGCAACCCGGGAACCGGGAGGACCAGCUCUCCGUUUACCGCUCAACCCUCCGCUCCCACCUUGUCCUCCCCACCACCGCCACCGCCACCGCCAACGCCACCUGCUGACCCCUCCACCUCCACCCUCCCGCCCCCCCACAUCCACCGGACCCGCACCAGAGUGGCGGUGCGUGCCCUUCUUCUCUGCAUGUCCUGAUCCCCGCUGCUCGGCAGUCGCACAACACUCAUGGUCGAUGCCAAGGGAAGGAACAUGAAAUGUCUGACCUUCCUGUUGAUGCUUCCCGAGUCGGUCAAGAGCAGGUCCAGUAAGAGCCCCAAGACGGCCAGCCCCAGUGGCAGCUCCAAACUGCCGCCGGUCUGCUACGAGAUCAUCACCCUGAAGGGAAAGAAGAAGAAGAAGAUGGCUGCGGAUCUAUUUCCCGCCAAGAAGUCGCCGUCCGACGGCGGCGACGGAUCUGUCACCGGCACCACCGUCACCACCGUCACCGGCAGCACCAGCAGCAGCAGUGACAGCAGCAGCAGCAGCAGCAGCAGCAGCGGCAGCGGCAGCACGGUACAACAGUACCACCAGCAGAACCUCAACAACAACAACACCAUACAGAACUGCAACUGGCAGGGACUCUAUUCCACCAUCAGAGAGAGGAAUUCCGUGAUGUUCAACAAUGAGCUGAUGGCAGAUGUUCACUUCCUGGUGGGUCAGCCCGGAGGAACGGAGCGGCUGCCCGGACACAGGUAUGUUUUGGCUGUGGGCAGCUCAGUGUUUCAUGCAAUGUUUUACGGUGAGCUGGCGGAAAACAAGGGUGAAAUCCGCAUCCCUGAUGUGGAACCAGCAGCGUUCCUCGCCAUGCUGAAGUACAUCUACUGCGACGAGAUCGACCUCAGCGCCGAUACCGUUCUCGCCACCCUCUACGCCGCCAAGAAAUACAUCGUGCCCCACCUGGCGCGUGCCUGCGUCAACUUCCUGGAGACCAGCCUGAGCGCCAAGAACGCCUGCGUCCUCCUCUCCCAGAGCUGCCUGUUCGAGGAGCCCGAGCUCACGCAGCGCUGCUGGGAGGUGAUCGACGCGCAGGCCGAGCUGGCGCUGCGCUCCGAGGGCUUCUGCGACAUCGACGCCCAGACGCUGGAGAGCAUCCUCCAGCGGGAGACCCUCAACACCAAGGAGCUGGUGGUGUUCGAGGCGGCGCUCAGCUGGGCCGAGGCCGAGUGCCAGCGCAAGGAGAUCACGCUGUCCAUCGACAACAAGCGCAAGGUGCUGGGCGAGGCGGUGUACCUCAUCCGCAUCCCCACCAUGGCGCUGGACGACUUCGCCAACGGCGCGGCGCAGUCGGGCGUGCUGACGCUGCACGAGACCAACGACAUCUUCCUGUGGUACACGGCCGCCAACAAGCCCGAGCUGCAGUUCGCCAGCGAGCCGCGGAAGGGGCUGAGCCCGCAGCGGUGCCACCGCUUCCAGUCCUGCGCCUACCGCAGCAACCAGUGGCGCUACCGGGGCCGCUGCGACAGCAUCCAGUUCGCCGUGGACAAGCGGGUGUUCAUCGCCGGCUUCGGGCUCUACGGUUCGAGCUGCGGCUCGGCCGAGUACAGCGCGCGGAUCGAGCUGAAGCGGCAGGGCGUGCUGCUGGGCCAGAACCACACCAAGUACUUCUCGGACGGCUCCAGCAACACCUUCCCGGUGUGGUUCGAGUACCCGGUGCAGAUAGAGCCCGACACCUUCUACACGGCCAGCGUGGUUCUGGACGGCAGUGAGCUCAGCUACUUCGGGCAGGAGGGCGUGACGGAGGUCCAGUGCGGCCGGGUGACCUAUCAGUUCCAGUGCUCCUCAGACAGUACUAAUGGAACCGGGGUGCAGGGGGGACAGAUCCCCGAGCUCAUCUUCUACGCUUGAACUCUGUGAACUGCUGGUCUACCCCGGAGACACUUUGCCUUAAAAGGGUACAUUGAGUAACAAUUCAUUGGCGUUAGUUAAUGCAGGGAUAAGCAUCAAUCACUGUUAUCUAACAGCUGGUUAUCAGUUAACUAAUGGUUUGAUCCUUUACGAAUGGUUUUCAUGUUAACUAAGGUAUUUAUUUACACAUGUACUAGGUUUAGCAGUAAGCAUCAUAUAAUGAUGAAUAACUGAAUUCCUAAGUUAACAUGAACACCAUUAGUAACAUGAACACAUUAUUAAAUGAUUACUAGACCAUUCGAUAACUACCUUUUAGUUAACGGUUGGUUAGUGCUUAUUGCUUUAGCUAAUGUUACAUAAGGUUUAAUUCUUGUACCCUUAUUGUAAAGUGUUACUGCUCGACUUUAAAAGACACUCAAGGAGAUAUUGCUGUCUAUAAUGCCAGUCUUUGUCAAUGCCUAAUAAUCACUUUUGUGCGAAAAAAGACAAAAAAAGAGGAGAAACUUUAAAAAGGAUCCCGAGGGAUAUUUACAGUUUGCAAGAUGUCAAAGUGAAAAGCCAACUGGCUGGAUCUGUUGAAUCUUGCCUCCAAUUGGCAGGCAAAAAAGUACUCAAGAAAGAAUCUUUUUGCUAUUACUGUGCAUGUAUAAAUGUGUAAAAGUUAAAAAAUGUAACUGUAUAUAGUGUACUGCCACUUUUGUGGCCAGUCCUUAAAAUAGCUUCUAUGAUUAAUAUGCUAUGGUUAUUAUUUGUAUGCUUGCAUACAAUGCACAUAUAUAAACAUAUGUACGUUUAUAUAUAUACAUAUAUGCAUAAAUAUAUAACCAUACAUGUAUAUAUAAACAUGAAUGCAUAUAUAUAAAGGAUAUGUUUAAACACAUAUAUGUUUAUAUAUGUACAUAUAUGUAUGUGUGUAUAUAUAUAUAUGUAGCAAUAGUUGACUUUAUUUUUCAAUUCGAUUAGCACUAUUACCACACAAAGUAUUAAACUGGAACAGAGAAAAAGGCCGUGCCAUCGCGGACGAAACUCUGAUUACGGUCCAACAGCAAUUCUAUCUAAGAAAAAAUAUGUCACAACCGUUAUCGUCGUUUUGUACGUGAGUGUUGCAAUUGAAACUUUCGGCUUUUGUGAGCAUUUGAAGAUAGUGAUGUGGCACUCAGAGAGAGCUUGAGGAGACAGGAGGAUGUGUUUGGGGGGGGAGGGAGGUCUUAGACUAGGCAGCACUAGGAAGCACUACACGUAAUGCGAACAUCCCUCCCCCACGCCCAGCCCCGGCUUCCUCUGUACUUGUCGGGCAGCAGAUUUUACCCGAACCACAAACCACUUACCGCCAACCACUACACCAUCUCUCCCGCCACAACGCCUCCAACAUCAGCGGCGCCUGGGUUUACGUUCGAAACAACUGAAAAGAAUGAAUUGAUGCUAUUGAGAGGAAACGGCGAUGAUUACUUCUAUUUAGUUUUUGGGUUUGUUGUUAUUUUUGUUCACUUUCUCUCCUGUCGGGAGAACGCUGAACAUGGUCAUAAGAUCGUUGGGUUUUGUAAUAUUUUGAAGGUUUGAGUUUCUCAAGGGCGUUAAUGUCAAUGGUUGAGUCAGUGUGUGUGUGUGUGUGUGUGUGUGUGUGUGUGUGUGUGUGUGUGUCUGUGUGUGUGUGUGUGUGGCAGCAUACAAUGAGGCAUUUAACAAAUAUAAUGCUGAAUAUUUGCACCGAUGUGAAUUUGGGGUUAAAUGUGUUAGACGUUUUGAUCUUUUUUUUCUAUUUGUCGUUUGAACUUUGUGAUAUCGUAUCUGCUUCUAUGUGUGAGUUGAACAUCCAUACGCUUGUGUCUGUAUUGGGGACAGCAGAAUUAACGGGACAGUCUGAGGUUCAUUUCCUGCGUUUACAUGCUACAGUGCUGAGAGACCUAUGAAUGUGUAUGACUGUCAACGAUGCAAAUAAAACCAAACAGGUGGUACAA